AGAUCGCAUAAGAUUUACUGCCUCGUUUACAAUUGGUAAAUUAGUAGCCAUACUUUUUCGACCACGGGACUUCACAAUGUUAAUUGAGUUUGAUUUAGAUUGAGAUUGAGCUGUUGUUCCAACCUCAUUUUCGGAACCAUCAAUGCUCUGUUCCAAUACUUGUAGCGACUCUUCUCCAUCGUCUGUUUCUACUUCUUGUGAAUCUUCUUCCUUUCGUUUUCGUUUACCCUGAAACAAAAUAUUAAUUUCUAAAUUAAUCCACUUUUUUGCUUUGCAAUUUAUAGUUCGUUCGUCUGUUUAUGGUAUGUAACUUUUAUUUUCAGAUGACUAAAACUAACGAAAGUUGGUACUUUAUAGCCAAGCAGUUCAACGACAAAUGGAAUUUUCCAAAUUGUGUCGGAGCUAUGGACGGCAAACAUAUAUCAAUACAAGCUCCUAUAAAUUCAGGAACCGAUUUUUUCAACUACAAGAGCUUCUUUAGCAUUGUCUUGUUCGCUGUUGUAGACGCAAAUUAUAAUUUUAUAUAUGCAAACGUGGGAUGUCAGGGACGAAUAUCGGACGGGGGCGUAUUCAACGAUUCAUAUUUCAAAGAGUGCCUUGAAGAAAAUACCCUAAACCUUCCACCUGCUUGUUCAUUACUAGGACGAAGCACUGAUGUUCCAUUUGUUUUUGUGGCGGAUGACGCAUUCCCACUAUCAACAAACAUAAUGAAGCCAUUCGCAGGACAUCAGGAAAAAGGUUCAAAAAAUAGAAUAUUCAACUAUCGAUUGAGCCGCGCAAGAAGAGUGUCAGAAAAUGCUUUUGGCAUUUUAAGUGCUGUUUUCCGAGUGCUUCGUAGGCCCAUGUUGUUGGAACCAGAAACUGCAACGAACGUAGUUUUGGCCUUAAUUCACCUACACAAUUUCUUGCGAAAAAACACUUCAAGAAAUCUUUACACUCCACCUGGAAUGAUUGAUGUAGAAUGUUCGGAUACUGGAGCAAUUAAUCCUGGGCUUUGGAAACGAAAUGCUUCCUCUAAUGAAUUGUUCAGUUUUGGCAGAAGGGCAAGAAGGAGUGGAGCUGCGGCACAAAAUGUAAGAAACGAAUUGGCCGAAUUCUUCAUUUCUCAAGAAGGAGCAUUGCCUUUUCAAUAUGAUAAAUGA